AUGACGAAUGGGAUGAUUUUACCACUUAAUAAAUGGGAAUUACAUGAUCCAUUCUUGAUGUGUGCUGAAGAUUGGUUUAGAUACCCAGGAGGUUUUGACUUACAUCCACACAGAGGUUUUGAGACGGUGACGGUUGUAUUUGAAGGAUUAUUACGACAUCAAGAUUCUAAGGGAAACUCUGGAAUAAUUGGACCAGUACAAUGGACGACCACGGGACGCGGAUUAUUACAUAAAGAAGUUCCGGCAGAUAAAGAGACAGAUGUUCAUUUGAUGCAACUCUGGUUAAAUCUUCCUCGAGAACAUAAAUUGAUUGAAGCAUCCUAUCAAGAUCUCACAAGAGAUGUCAUUCCAACUCGAGAAAUCAAAAUUUCAAACGAAGAGGAAGAAGAAAUAACGGCGGCAAAAAUUCGAGUAAUUUCUGGUACAUCAGGUGAUAUCAAAGGACCUGCCAAGAACGUGAUCCCCAUAAAAGCUUUAGAUAUCUCCAUUCUAGAACAAAAUUUCAUGUUAGAAGAAUCUAUACCUGCCAAUUAUAACAUGUUCAUAUUCAUACUUGAAGGAAAUGGAUCCUUCGGUGAUGAUGAUAUUAAAUUACAAUCCGGUAAUGUGUUAAUUAGUCCUCCAUCAAAAAUUAAUGAUUGUGAUGAAAAAGAAUCGGUAUUGAAAAUAACUAAUGAGGGAGAUGGUACAUUGAGAGUCAUAUUAUUUGCUGGACAACCUAUCGGAGAACCUGUUGUACAACAUGGGCCUUUUGUGGGAAAUGAAUGGGAUGAUAUUAUAAGGGCUCAAAAAGAUUUGUAUUUAGGCAAAUUUUCAGGGUUAUAG